AUGACUUUCAUCAUUUCAACAGUCACAGAGACCACGGCGGUCGUGGUCUCGUCAACACUCAUCACCGACACUACCACUACCGUGACUUCUCAUUUGUCCACGACUCUCUUUGCAACAGUUGGCCAAACCGUCACAAUUGAUUCACUUGCCUCACCUUCCACAACCACCGUCACUGCGCCCACCACCACGAAGUACACGCCCAUACCGACAAUAACCACGCAGACAUCGACGGUAACCCUGACCGAGCUAGACAUCUACCUUCAAGAUGAUGCAGGAAACAUCUAUUCAACCUGGGCCAUUCCCAUUUCAGGUUCUCCUCUGCCAGAUCCGACACAUACCGGGGUUUCGGGCCAGUUAGUCUACGUGGUCGACCCUGACGACAGCGGUUGGAAUCAAUGGAGCACGGGUGACAAGGCGGGUAUGAUUGUAGGCGUGGUCCUUGGGGCUAUUCUCAUUUUUGCCAUGAUCUUCUGGUGUGUCCAAAAAAAGGCAAACGGGAAGUGGUGGUUCGCGCAUGCGUGGCCACACUCAGCGACAAUGGCGCAGCCGGUGAGUGGAAGAGUGCCUCUGAACGAUCUGUACAUUCAAUAA